AUGGAUAGAUUGAGAGCAGACGCCAUCUCGACAGACGACUCGUAUAAAUACAGCUACAAGAAGGAGAACCUGUCUUUUAAAUAUAGAUAUGGGGUUCAUAAAGAGGCUUAUGUAUAUGAACAGCCUAAUGAUGUGGAGGUAACCGCCAUUGUAUACCAGGACGACCUGACGGAUAGUUUGGCUUCUGGGCAGACGGGCUACAUUAUCCUCGACAAAACUCAUUUCUACAGCGAGGCUGGAGGUCAAAUUGGUGACAGGGGUCAAAUUUUUACACAGACUGGAAAAGGCGUAGUUUCAGAUGUCCAGAAUUAUAAAAACUAUAUUCUACAUCAGGUCCAGGUCACAGAAGGUCAAAUCAAUGUCAAGGACGUCUGUAAUUUAGUUUUAGAUGAG